GAGAUUAGUGGGAGUCGAGUCAGGCUGAGGGGAGACAGACGCGGGCUGACUGAGCGGCAUUUUGACUGAGGGGACUUUAAAGUGCUGUGAACGGAGGAAAACAUGCCCCAUUUCACCGUGGUGCCAGUGGAAGACAGCGCUCCGUCAGCUUAUGACAGCCUAGAGGGGAUAAACUGGGUGGAUUACCAGGACACGGGACAAGGAUACCCUGGGCAUGGGGACACUGUCAGCUCUGAUGGCCAUGGAAAUCAUAAAGAGGACAGCCCCUUUCUCAGCAGCAAUGAGUCAACAUCAAAGAAGAAUGAUUACUAUGACAAAAAUCUGGCUUUGUUUGAGGAGGAGCUGGACAUCAGGCCCAAGGUGUCCCAUCUCCUCAGCCGACUGGUCAACUACACCAACGUGACCCAGGGGGCCAAAGAACAUGAGGAGGCUGAAAACGCAGAUGCAUCCAGAAGAAAUAUCCCAAAGUCACCAAAUAUGGGCACGCUGAUGGGUGUCUACCUGCCCUGUCUACAAAACAUCUUUGGUGUCAUCCUCUUCCUCCGACUCACCUGGAUUGUGGGCAUGGCUGGAGUUGUACAGUCCUUCCUCAUAGUUCUCAUGUGCUGUGCAUGUACAAUGCUCACUGCUAUAUCUAUGAGCGCAAUUGCUACUAAUGGAGUUGUGCCAGCUGGUGGGGCAUAUUUUAUGAUUUCCCGCUCUCUGGGCCCAGAGUUUGGAGGUGCUGUGGGACUCUGUUUUUACCUGGGAACGACAUUUGCAGCAGCUAUGUACAUAUUAGGAGCAAUUGAAAUAUUUCUGAAAUACCUGGUACCACAGUCAGCAAUAUUUCACUCUACCGAUAUGCACGGAGCAGAUGGGGCCAUGCUCAACAACAUGCGGGUCUAUGGCACUAUAUGCCUCAGUAUGAUGGCACUUGUCGUAUUUGUGGGGGUUAAGUACGUCAACAAGCUGGCCUCCCUCUUCCUGGCCUGCGUGCUCAUCUCCAUCGUGUCCAUCUAUGUUGGAGCUGUGAUGUCCAGCUUCAACCCACCAGACUUUUCGAUUUGUAUGCUGGGAAACCGGACACUGGUGAGGGAUCUCUUUGACACGUGCGGGAAGACCGUUGUGGAGGGCAACAACACCGUACCAAGCCAACUGUGGAGAAUGUUCUGCGGCUCAGGAAAUGCUACUAGCCUCCACUGUGACGAUGAGUACUUCAACCAGAACAACGUUACUGAAAUACAGGGAAUUCCUGGCUUGUCCAGUGGUGUAAUUAGCGACAACAUGUGGUCUAACUACCUUGAUAAGGGGCAGAUCCUGGAGAAAGUUGGUCUGGCCUCGGUGGAUGUGCACGGCUCCAUGGAGAACUUUGGCCUGUAUGUGUCUGCUGAUAUAGCCACCUCAUUCACCCUCCUAGUGGGGAUAUUCUUCCCAUCAUCCACUGGUAUUAUGGCAGGCUCCAACAGAUCUGGAGAUCUCAAAGAUGCACAAAGGUCCAUACCAGUGGGAACCAUUCUGGCAAUAGCAACCACAUCCCUUGUCUAUAUGACUUCGGUGGUCUUGUUUGGUGGGUGUAUAGAGGGUGCGGUCCUAAGAGACAAGUUUGGGGACGCUGUCAGUAAGAACCUGGUGGUGGGCACCCUCUCCUGGCCCUCGCCCUGGGUCAUUGUGGUCGGCUCCUUCUUCUCCACGGUGGGAGCUGGGCUGCAGUCCCUGACCGGGGCUCCUCGGCUGCUGCAGGCCAUUGCUAAGGACAACAUCAUCCCUUUUCUCAGGGUGUUUGGACACAGCAAGGCCAAUGGGGAACCCACGUGGGCCCUGCUGUUGACUGGCCUCAUUGCUGAACUGGGUAUUCUCAUCGCCUCGUUGGAUAUGGUGGCGCCUAUUCUCUCAAUGUUCUUCCUGAUGUGUUAUCUGUUUGUGAACUUAGCCUGUGCAGUGCAAACACUACUCCGAACUCCAAACUGGAGGCCAAGGUUCAAAUAUUACCACUGGGCUCUCUCUUUUCUGGGGAUGAGCAUGUGUUUGGCUUUGAUGUUCAUCUCUUCCUGGUACUACGCCAUUGUGGCUAUGGGAAUAGCUGGAAUGAUAUACAAGUACAUUGAGUAUCAAGGAGCUGAGAAGGAGUGGGGGGAUGGAAUAAGGGGAUUAUCUUUGAGUGCUGCUCGCUACGCCCUCCUACGCCUUGAGGCAGGACCACCUCAUACCAAAAACUGGAGGCCUCAGCUGCUGGUGCUCUUGAAGUUAGAUGAGGACCUACACGUGAAGUAUCCCAGACUGCUGACCUUCGCCUCCCAGCUGAAGGCUGGGAAAGGCCUGACCAUAGUUGGGUCUGUCAUUCAGGGCAACUUCCUUGACAGCUAUGGUGAAACACAAGCAGCUGAACAGGCGAUUAAAAACAUGAUGGAGAUUGAGAGGGUGAAAGGUUUCUGUCAGGCCGUGGUGACGUCAAAAGUACGAGAGGGCAUUGCCCAUCUCAUCCAGUCGUGUGGUCUGGGCGGGAUGAAGCACAACACCGUGGUUAUGGGCUGGCCAUACGGCUGGAGACAGAGUGAGGACCCUCGGGCCUGGAAGACCUUCAUCAAUACGGUCAGGUGCAUAACAGCGGCUCACCUGGCCCUCAUGGUGCCAAAGAAUGUGUCCUUCUACCCCAGCAACCACGAGCGCUUCAUUGAUGGCCAUAUUGACGUCUGGUGGAUUGUCCAUGACGGUGGCAUGCUCAUGUUGCUUCCCUUCCUCCUUAAACAGCACAAGGUUUGGCGGAAGUGUAAAAUGCGCAUCUUCACAGUGGCCCAGAUGGACGACAACAGCAUUCAGAUGAAGAAAGACCUGGCCACCUUCCUCUACCAGCUAAGGAUAGAGGCUGAAGUAGAGGUGGUGGAAAUGCACGACAGUGAUAUCUCUGCGUACACAUAUGAGCGGACUCUGAUGAUGGAGCAGAGGUCUCAGAUGUUGAGACAGAUGAGGUUGUCCAACACAGAGAGAGAGAGAGAGGCCCAGCUGGUGAAGGACCGGCACUCCAUGAUCCGCAUGGGCAGCCUGUACUCAGACGAGGAGGAGGACGUGCCGGAGCCCGUCCCUGAUAAAAUCCAGAUGACCUGGACGAUGGAAAAGUGUGAGGCCGAGAGGAGGAACCGGACCAAUGCUCCAGAGAACUUCAGAGAGCUCAUCAGUAUCAAACCGGAUCAGUCUAAUGUACGAAGAAUGCACACAGCUGUUAAGCUCAAUGAAGUCAUCGUAAACAGAUCACAUGAUGCAAGGCUGGUGUUGCUCAACAUGCCUGGUCCUCCUCGCAACACAGACGGGGAUGAAAACUACAUGGAGUUCCUGGAAGUCUUGACGGAGGGUCUCGAAAGAGUUCUGUUGGUGAGAGGAGGGGGUCGAGAGGUCAUCACUAUCUACUCAUGAUUGAUCAUGGUUGGAUCUACUCCAACACCCAGACACAAUAAACGCAGCGACUGGUUCAGUUUGGCUGAUGCUCUGUGUAAACACACAGAAAGAUGAUUGAAAAAUAUGGGCUUGGCACUUUGACAGAAUGUAUUUCCCCCAAAUAGGAUGCUUAUAUAAUCUUGCAACAUUUUUCAGCAGCAUGUCAAGUUGGGACUGCUCCAAAACCUUUGCCAAAACCUUUGACAGUGCCAUAACAGAACUGUAUAUACUCCCACGUCCCACCACUGAACAAUCAUUGGAAUAACUAUCAGGACUGUUAUUGGACUAUUAUUAUCAGGAAGUCUUUUUUGUUGCUUGUAACUGACAUGACAACAUUUGGAACAAACAUGGUGCAUUGAGCAUGAUGAAAAAGUCGUGAAACCUGCUGACUAAGACACUUAGUCAAAUGUUAGACAACAAAUUAGCAAAUGUUUGAUAUGAUUGUGGCCCUAUAGAAGCAAUAUCCAUGUGAAGGCUCACGUCCAGCUAACAUUCCUCUAGGUUUCGAGUGUUGAGCAUGUUACACUGCCUUUGCAAACAAAAGUGCCAAACGUUGGUUUGUCUUCGAGUUUGGAAAAAUAAUUUAUUUUCUUAUUUAUUUUGUUUUGUAACACCCCCAUUGGGAUCAAGUAUUAGGUUGUAGAUAGUUAACUGAAGUGGGGUUCGCUGCUUGGAUUGCCGUUAAAAAUUGUAAAUGCAGGAAUUUGUAAUAGAGUAAUGGAACAUUUGAAAGAGCAAGUAAUUUAUGACUUUUGUACAUUAUAUUUGCUUUGUAUUUCUGAAUGAACGCUUUUCAGUCUGUAAAUGUGUACUGAUAAUCCUAUGAGAUAGUUUGUAAAUUCAUGUACAAUACUCAAUAGGACCUGCGCCAGAAUAUUAUACUAUAAAUAAUACUAUUUAUAAAAUAAAGUAUUUUGCUUGUAGAAACAAAAACAUUAUUCAGCUAUGAAGUCUGAUGUUUAAAUAAUAAACACUGAAUAAAGACAAAAAAAA